CCGUUACACAGUACAGACGGGACACUUCAUGGACUUCCUGUCUCGUUUCAUAACAUCGUAACUGUGUAUAAUGUAGCAUUCUCCCGUCUUAAGUAAGCGACUGUCAUUCAGCGCUUCCCGUCUGAGAAAUGACCUGCGUAAAGCGACUGUUUUCUAAAGGACCUCGCUCCAAAGUCGCGUGGUUGAUUGGUGAAGCUCUCACCUCGUGCAGGUGCUUCCAUGCUGAACUAGUGAGACACGAAUCUAGCGCACUUCCAGUAGUUCAUCACAGCAAGUAUGUGUGUGACCUCGCACCCAGUCAUAGGUUUCCAAUGGGCAAGUUUCCCCGGGUUUUACAGUGUUUGCUCAGAGAUCAGGUCAUUACAGAGAAACAGGUGUGGGUCCCUGAAAUUGCCUCUAAGGAUUUACUGAGCUGUGUGCACACCGAGGACUACCUGGACAACUUCAUAAAUGGGAAAAUAAGUGAGCAAGAGCAAAGGAGGACAGGCUUUCCCUGGAGUGAAGGCAUAGUAAGGCGCUGUCGAUAUGAAACAGGCGGGACUGUUCUAGCUGCUGAAGUCGCUCUGCAGAGGGGUCUGGCUUGCAGCACAGCAGGAGGAACUCAUCAUGCUUUUCCCAGCUAUGGUUCGGGGUUUUGUCUCCUCAAUGAUCUUGCAGUUGCAGCCAAAUACAUGAUGGACAAUUCUCCGACUAAACGCAAAGUUCUCAUUGUGGAUCUAGAUGUUCAUCAGGGUGAUGGCACUGCUUUCAUCUUUAAAGAGGAGCCUUCUGUGUUUACAUUCUCAGUGCACUGUGGGAAAAACUUCCCACUCCGUAAACAACAGAGCGACCUAGAUAUCAGUGUGGAGGAUGGGCUGGAGGACAAGGAUUACCUCUCCACAGUUGAAGCCCACCUUCCCUGGCUGCUGGAAACCUUUCGCCCAGACCUGGUUUUGUAUGACGCAGGGGUUGAUCCUCACUGGGAAGAUGAACUCGGAAGGCUUCGCCUGACAGACCAAGGGCUCUAUCAGAGAGAUUUGUUUGUGCUGAAGACUGUGGUGAAAAGAGGUGUCCCUAUCGCUGCUGUUAUUGGUGGAGGAUACUCGAGAGACAUCGAUAGACUGGCACUCAGACACUCUAUCGUCCACAGAGCAGCAACUCAGGUUUGGAGGGAGUGUGGUAUGUAAAACUUGUCUCCCUAAUCAAGAGGAUCCUCAGUGGGUAGCUGAUAUUUGAGAGUCAAUGCCAUGGUCAUUGGGAAAGUUACAAAAAUGUAUUAGAAACUGACCAGUACUUCAGUUACUUUGGCAUAUUUAUUUAAUGUACACAGUUAAGGUUAACUGUAGGAGUGAUACAUCUUACGCGAUCACAUAUUAGAACUUAUUAUUUCACUCAUUUUUGGUUUGUUGCAAUGAUGGUCUUGUAACUACAAUUAUAUUGUUGUAGGAACAUCACAGCCACCAUAACAACAUAUUUUUACAUUCAUGUGAAAAAGAAGGUUUUCAUGGAACUCAAUACAGUCCUGUGGAAAAACUGCUUAUAUAGGAAUCAAGAGGUGCUGCUUAUCAAAUGCUCUUGAUUAAUUGGUCAAAAACACAAAAGCAGAGUUUCUGUUAGUUUGCUGGUCUGGAGCGUUCAGCUCCGUGUUAAUGCCACAAUCUUACCAGGAGUGGGAAUUCCACAAAA